AUGCAGCGCGCAUUGGACGGCCACAAUGACCUGUCCACGCGGACGGCUAUUGCAGCUUGCAAGCAACCCGAUGGAUGGUCCAUCUUGGCGGCGGUUGGCAACAAGCUCAAGCAGAUGGACCCGACAUUCUCGGUCAAAGAGCAUGCGCCAAGCCUCAAGGAGCUCGUGGAGAGGCUGCCAAAUGUCGAAAUCCGUGACAAUGGGGUGGUCAAGGGGCCUGCUGUCUAUUUUGCACGUUUGAAAUAA